AUGCGGUGGUCACUAGUGCUCGCCCUCCUCGCAGGAGUGGCCGUCGCUGAUGAUACAACUACUACUGAUUCGACCACUGAUUCGACCACAACCGCUUCGACCACUGAGUCCAGUACCUCGUCCCUGGCCCUGAGCGAUGCGACCACGGUCACAGACCCCAGCUCCGUGGUUCCCACUGGUUCCUAUGAGAUCUAUAGUACCACAAUCACUCUCGCCGAUGGCCACGAUCUCACCAGCACAAUUACCCAAAACGCAUCCGCAACGACGGGCAAUUCCACCAGCAGUUAUACAACAACCCAUAACUCUGUCACAGUGCUGGUCGGCGGCGGCGGGACUACCACUUUGGGGAGCAAUACCACUAUGAAUGCCACAGCUACAUCGACGAGUACAUCCGCGAUAGCGACCAAUACUCGCCCAUGUAACGGAUAUGCCGAGUACUGCGAGCGCAGCUACUCCAACAUCACCAUGGUCGCCGCUCAUAAUAGUCCAUUCGUGCGGAAAGGCAAUGCAGCCGCGAACCAGGAAUUCACUGUGAAGUACCAACUGGACGAUGGAAUUCGCAUGCUGCAAUUCCAGGCCCAUAACCAGAAUGGUACUAUGGAGCUCUGCCAUACCUCAUGCUCACUGCUUGAUGUAGGCACUCUGGAGGACUAUCUCACCACGGUGACGAAGUGGAUCCGCGAAAACCCCUACGAUGUAGUGACCAUUCUGAUGGGUAACUAUGACUACGUCUCGCCGAGCCACUUCGUCCCCGCGAUCCAGUCCUCUGGCCUGUAUGAUUAUGUGUAUACUCCAUCUAAGAUCCCCAUGGGUCUUGAUGACUGGCCCACUCUAUCUGAGAUGAUUAUCUCGGGUAAGCGGGCGGUCCUCUUCAUGGACUACCAAGCCAACCAGACCGCGUACCCGUGGUUGAUGGAUGAGUUCUCUCAAAUGUGGGAGACGCCGUUCUCUCCCACAAACCGCUCCUUCCCUUGUACAGAGCAGCGACCGGGAGAUAUCACCGUUGCGCAGGCGAAGAAGCGAAUGUAUAUGGCUAACCAUAACCUGAACAUUGAGUUGAGCUUUGGCUCAAUUGAUCUGCUCAUUCCCAAUACUGCUGUGAUCAGCGAGACCAAUGCCUACAAUGCUACUGGUAGUCUGGGCACAAUGGCCCGAGAGUGCACUGAAAAAUGGGAUCGUCCUCCCAACUUCCUGCUCGUUGAUUACUAUAACGAUGGCAACUUCAACGGCUCCGUCUUCGAGGUAGCCGCCGAGAUGAACAACGUCACUUUCAACAACCAAUCCUGCUGCGGUACUGCAUCAGCUGCCGUGCAUGGUGUUUCUAUGUCCAGCGUAUCAACUCUGAUGCUGGUCGCUGCAGGUGUACAGUUUUUCCUGUCAGCGUUCUGA